GGUUUACACGGUUUCCGGCAGGAGGAAGGUCGGCUCGCGGCGUCGCGCUGCAAACGUCGCGCGGCGGGCGUCCUUUACGGCAGGCUUCUGCCCUCUUCCUGGAGCCGGCGGUCCUGACCUACGUCCAGGUCGUCGUCGCGGCACCGCGGUGGGACGCCAUGCCUUUCUUGGAUGUGCAGAAAAGGCUGGGCAUUAGCCUGGAUCAGCACUUGACAACCCCAAGUGCUCAACAGCCCUUCAGGAUUCCUUCUCGGUGCCAUGCCUUUGAAAAAGAAUGGAUAGAAUGUGCCCACGGAAUCGGCGGUACCCGGGCUCAGAAAGAGUGCAAGAUAGAAUAUGAAGAUUUCGAAGAGUGUGUUCUUCGCCACAAAACGAUGAAGCGCAUAGGUGACAUCAAGAGACAGCGGGAUAAGCUAAUCAAAGAGGGGAAGUACACCCCUCCACCUCACCACUUGGGCAAGGGGGAGCCCAGGCCCUGAGCAGAGCAGCUGCCAACGGUUGGAGGCUGCUUUUCAUGGUCCCUUUUCACUGGAAAGAAUGUUCAAUGGAAUGUCAUCAAAAUGUGUGAAAAUAAAGCGUUCUCCAUCUUA